GCAUAGCACUGCCCUAUCAAAUCCUUCCACAAUGGCUAGCAACUACGCCCAGACGAACACGCCCAGCUUCUACAACUACCCGGACCCCAAGGCCACCGACAUUCCCUAUACCAGCCCGGAUGCCCCCAAGAAUCCCGUCGUCCGCGGCCUGCCGCUCUACUACGGAGCUUCUUUAAUCUCCUCCGUGACCACGCUCCAGAACUACCUCUGGAACAACACGGGCUUCAACCGCCUGCGCGGCCGUCCUGAGCUUGAGGAUGUCGCGCCGCGGUACGACCCGACUGUGAUUCCCAUUGUGAGGAGUGACGGCGACGCGAACAACGCCAGCAAUGACGCGCCCGCGAUGACGGGCGCGCCGCCCCCGGCCUCGGCCAAGGGCCGCUUCCACUCGGUCCUCGACUACCACGAGGCGUACAAGUCGGGCGUCGUGACGCCUACGGCUGUGGCAGAGGCGCUGUUGCCGCUGAUUCGACGCGAUGUUGACGAGCCAACCGCGCACGCGACGGCGUGGAUGGAGACGAAAGUGGAAACGGUGCGUGCGGCCGCAGCAGCAUCGACGCAGCGCUACAAGGACGGCACUCAGCGCGGGGUGCUGGACGGCAUCCCCGUGGCCGUCAAAGACGAGGUCGACCUUAAGGAUUACACCAAGCGCGUCGGCUCGCGACGCGACCUGACUGGCAAAGCAAACGAGACCAGCUUUUGCGUCGCGCAGUGGGAGGCCGCGGGCGCGGUGCUGCUCGGCAAGCUGACCAUGCAUGAGUUCGGCCUCGACACCACCAACAACAACCCCAACCACGGCACGCCGCUCAACCCACACAACAGCGCGUACUACACGGGCGGUUCGAGUGGCGGGUCCGGUUACGCCGUUGGGGCGGGCCUGCUCCCCUUCGCUCUCGGCGCCGACGGCGGCGGCUCCAUCCGCAUCCCCUCUAACUACUGCGGCAUCUUCGGUCUCAAGCCCUCGCAUGGCCGGGUCUCCGGAAGGCCGUCCCCUAGCCUCGCGGCUACGACUGGCGUCCUUGGUCCUAUGGCCGCGAACAUGGCGGACCUCGAGCUUGCGUACCGUUCCAUGGCGGCGCCGGACCCAGAGACCCCCGCGUCCAGCCUCUUCCCCGUCCCUAGGGCUCUUUUUACCGGUUCAUCUCGUGCUAAGACGCUCGGGAUCUACAAGCCGUGGUUCGAACGCGCGGAGCCCGAGGUUCAAGCUGCAUGCCGCAAAGCUCUAGACCAUAUGACGACGAAGCUGGGAUACACAAUCGUGGACAUCAGCAUUCCGUUCGUGAACGAGGGCCAAGCGGCGCACGCGCUGACUAUUCUUUCGGAAAUUGCAUCCCAGUUCCACACCAACGUCUCGGACCUCACGCCCGCAAACCAGAUCCUCAUCAGCGUGGGUUCGCGCGCCGGCGCCAUCGACUUCCUGCAAGCGCAGAAGGUCCGCAACCUCGUGAUGCAGCACCUGGCGCACCUCUUCCAGACACACCCCGGCCUCAUCAUCGUAACGCCCACGACGCCGAACCCGGGGUGGCACAUCAGUGGCGGGGCGCGCGAUCUCAAAUACGGCGUCAGUGAUGGAAACAUGAGCAUCCGCAGCAUGGAGUACGUGUGGAUGGCCAACUUCACCGGCUGUCCGGCUAUUCAGGUUCCCGUUGGGUAUGCAGAGCCGAAGGAGGGUGAGGGGAAGAUACCGGUUGGGUUGAUGGGGAUGGGGGAGUGGGGGACUGAAGAAGAACUUAUUGGAUGGGGAUAUGAUGGCGAGGCGUGGUUGAAUGAGGGAUUGGAAGGGGGAAGGAGACGGCCGGAGAGCUGGGUCGAUGUGUUGGAGUUGGCGAAGAAGGCGAUGAGUGCUUGAGUCUUCUGGUUGGAUGUUUGUAGGAUUAAGAAGUUGACUGCUGCUGUUGGUUGCGGAUGAGCGUGGUAGAUUUGUAGGAAUGUCAGAAAUGCCGUCAGAGGGAAAAGCCUAAUAAAUUUAGUAGUGUCCGCC